UCAAAAUGAUUCAUCAUGUGAACACAUUAAGCAACACUUUUCAACGUUAUUAUAUUGUCUAUAUCAAUUGACAAUGUCUUGUUUAAUUAUAAGGUAUAAUUUACCUCAUGGAUAAUUAGCCAACAGUUUGUCACGAUUUACAAAUUACCAGAAUAUAUAAAACACACACUGUGGUGGUGAAUUAAUAAAUCAUUCCCGCGCUAACAAAAUUAUUAAAAUAAUAACUAUCAACGUCAUUGAAAAUACAAAUUAAUAAACAUAAUAAUUUUCAAGGUUUCUACAACAGUGUGGCCUUGACCCUCACCUGCGGCUUAAUACCAGAAAUAAAUAAAUGAAUAAAAAAAUAUAUAUAAAUUUUAUUAUCAACUUGAAGAUAAGACAACAAUAAAAAUAUUUUCUUGGCUCAAUCGUGCCAUGAAAAUCAUGAUAAAUUUGUUGUUUAACAAAAAUAAAAAAAAUAAUCAUCUUUGCUAAAAAAAUGAAGAAAAAAAAAAAAGAAGAGUUAUAUGUCUUUUGAUUAUGAUUACGUCACAGACAAGUUUUUACCAAGUGUAUAUAAUUUUAAUAAAUAUAUAUACAUACAUAAUGAUAAUAUGUAAUACAUCUAAAUACAAAUUAUUAGUGUUUGUUUAAAGAGCGUGGAAAUCCCUCUUAUAUAUUUUUUUUAUUUAUUUCUCAUAUAAUAUACAUAUAUAUUAUUUUUUACCAAUACAAAUAAAUUAAUAAGAUAUGUACAUAUUAAUGUUUUGAAGCAGUAUGUCAGUAUACAAGUGACGUAUACAAGUCUUGUUUAACACAAAUCGUCGCGGCAACAACAUCAUACUCAAACGGCUAUAUCAUCUGCAUUUGAACACUUACGCGCUUAACACCACAUUGUUAUUUUAUAUGUAUCAAUACAUAAAAAUAAUUAGCAUAAUACUUAUCAAAUGUUUUUUUUGAUAAUACUAUUGGGUUUGAUUUGAUUUUUUUUUUUUCAAAUUGUUUACAUUACUUUUUUUUUUUGCUUUUUAUUAAUAUCGUUUUUUUUUUUUUUUUUAUUUAAUCUUUUUAAUCGUGACCUAGUGUGAAUUUAUUUGCCACUUUGAAACAACAACAUGAGUGCCUCUGUCAAUUAUCAGCGUGAUCAGCUAGAGCCUUAUUAUUUGAUGAGACCUUCACAGGAAGAGGAUCCUUUUAUCCUUGAUAUGGAUAGUAUUGGAAGCAAGCAAAAUUCAGUUGAUCGACGUGUUUGUGAAACACUCAGAAAGCAGUGUAGUUUAGGUGAAGGUACGAGUACUGCAAGUGAUAAUGAUUGGCUACAAAAGCCAAUUAAAGAUUGGAAUCAAGCUGAUACAACAAGCUGGCUUAUGGUAGCAUCACAAGACAUAGGACAACCGUAUAAUUUAAUUCCACCUGGUUUGGUCGUUCCUGGAAGAAAUCUCAUAACAAUGUCAAAACGAGAAUUUAUGGAUCAUGAUCCUAUUUAUGGUGAUAAACUCUAUGAAUCAUUAAUAUCACAAAGCUCUGAAAAUUACCUCCUGGGUUAUUCGUCAAGUCAAUCAAUACUCGAAGAUGAUCAUACCCAAACAGGCUCAACAACCGUAUCCGAUGCAGAAUCGGAAGACAGUGUUGAAAUGUUUCCAAAGAGACAAGGACCUGGAAGACCAAAGGGUGUUAAACAAAAAAAACCAUCAACAAGCCAGGGUAAAUUGUGGGAAUUUAUUAGAGAUCUAUUGAGAAAUAGAGAAACUUGUCCAAGUUUAAUAUGCUGGGAGGAUUAUUCACAAGCUAAAUUUCGAUUUGUUAAAAGUGAUGAAGUUGCUAAACGUUGGGGCUCAAGAAAAGGAAAUACUAAAAUGACAUAUGAAAAAUUAAGUCGUGCAAUGAGGUAUUAUUACAAGAGUAAAAUAUUUCAGCCAGUUUUGGGCCGUCGAUUGGUUUAUCAAUUUGGACCAAAUGCCAAAGGAUGGGAAACUGAAAACCCAAAUUUUCGUCAUUAAUAUAUAAUGAUAUAAUUAAUAAAUAAAUUAAAAAAAGUAAUUAUUUCAAUUGUUAAUAUUUGUUUUUAAUUUUAUAACUCAGGAAAUAAAAAAAAAAAAAAUAAACAUAUUUUAAUUUUAUUAUUUAUAUAAUGCUUAUUUGAAAUAUAUAAAUCAUCAAAUUUUUAUCUUAAGCUUUUUUAUAAUUUUAAGCUGUUUAUUUAUUUAGAACUAAAUAAAUAAAAUUACUGCGGUAAUCAUUUUUUGGGAUAUAAUUAGGUUUUUUUUUUUUUUCUUUAAAUUAAAAAACAAAAUAAUAUAUUAUUAUAUUUUUAAAUUUAUUAUUUAUUUAAGAAAAAAAAAAAAUUGUUGAAGAUAAAUUUUUUAAUUAUUUUACAUGAAUGAUUGUUAUUGUAUAAAUUUAUUAAAUGCAAUUAUUGUUUAAU